UUGCACUCAUCCUCCGAAAGUCCACAGCUGAAGUAAAGUGAUCAUGGAACUAGUGAGUGUUCAUUUAAAUGACAACAAAGAGACCUGCAGCAAGUACAAUGAGAUGGGACUGGACAGAGAUGAAGAAAUGUAUGCAAAUAAGGACCAAAAACUCAGGCAGACUGAAGAAAGAGCUCGAAACAGAGGUUUGGCAGUAGGAAGUAAGUGUGUUGUGUUGAGCACUGUGUGCUUUGGCUUCAUAUGCAUUUUGCUGGUGGUUGCCAUUGUAGUAUUGAGCUUGCAUAUCAAGGUCAAUGCAGAGAGAGAAGAACAAGCUACACACAUGUUACAAUGCAGUUUAAGAGAUCAAACGGAGAAAGACCAGUUACGAAUCAGCUUCAACUCUUUGAGUCAGAAGAACCUGGAGCUGGAGACCAGAGUCAGUGAUCUCACUGCCGAGAAAAGCGAAUUACAGAUCAACCUCAACUCUAUAAGCCAGAAGACACUGGAGUUAGAGACCAGAGUCAAUGAUCUCAUUGCUGAGAAAAGCCAGUUACAGACCAGCUUCAACUGUUCGAGUCAGAAGAAACUGGAGCUAGAGACCAGAGUCAAUGAUCUUACUACUAAGAAAGGCCAGUUGGAGACCAGAGUCAAAGAUCUCACUGCUGAGAAAAGCCAAUUACAGAGCAACCUCAACUCCCUAAGUCAGAAGAAACUGGAGCUGGAGACUAGAGUCAAAGAUCUCACUGCUGAUAAAAUCCAGUUACAAACCAACUUCAACUCUUCGAGUCAGAAGAAACUGGAGCUGGAGACCAGAGUCAAUGAUCUUACUACUAAGAAAGGCCAGUUGGAGACCAGAGUCAAAGAUCUCACUGCUGAGAAAAGCCAAUUACAGAGCAACCUCAACUCUCUAAGUCAGAAGAAACUGGAGCUGGAGACUAGAGUCAAAGAUCUCACUGCUGAUAAAAUAGGGUUACAAACCAACUUCAACUCUUCGAGUCAGAAGAAACUGGAGCUAGAGACCAGAGUCAAUGAUCUUACUACUAAGAAAGGCCAGUUGGAGACCAGAGUCAAAGAUCUCACUGCUGAGAAAAGCCAAUUACAGAGCAACCUCAACUCUCUAAGUCAGAAGAAACUGGAGUUGGAGACUAGAGUCAAAGAUCUCACUGCUGAUAAAAUAGGGUUACAAACCAACUUCAACUCUUCGAGUCAGAAGAAACUGGAGCUAGAGACCAGAGUCAAUGAUCUUACUACUAAGAAAGGCCAGUUGGAGACCAGAGUCAAAGAUCUCACUGCUGAGAAAAGCCAAUUACAGAGCAACCUCAACUCUCUAAGUCAGAAGAAACUGGAGUUGGAGACCAGAGUCAAAUAUCUCACUGCUGAGAAAAGCCAGUUAGAGAGCAACUUCAGCUCUCUGAGUCAGAAGAACCUGGAGUUGAAGAGCAGAGUCAGGUCUAUGAGUGAAGAUGAGUCAAAAAAAUUUUGUUUCUUCAUGUCCACUGAGUUGAGCUGGUCUGACAGCAGACAGUACUGCAGGGAUCGUGGAGCUGAUCUGGUCAUUAUCAACACUGAAGAGAAGCAGAGGUUCAUAUCUUCAUUAGUCAGUGAGAGAGUGUGGAUUGGUUUGUCUGAUACAGAGAAGGAGGGCGUCAUGAAAUGGGUGGAUAAUUCAACACUGAAACAAGGGUUUUGGCUCAAAGGUCAGCCAAAUAACCAGAAUGAAAAUCAGAACUGUAUUGAACUGAAUUAUGAUAGAGGGAAGACAGGAUGGACACCGCUUAACAGCUGGAAUGAUUUUGCAUGCUCAGAUAAGAAGAAAGGGUUUUGUGAGAAACAGGGUUCAUCCCACACAUAAUUAUAUAUAAUACAUGAUUUCUGACUUUAAGUUCCUGCCUUUUAAAACACUGUCAGCUGAUUUGAGUGUUUUAGAUGGAAAAUAGGAACCUGUCAUUUUCUCAUUGCUAUAAUAAUUUUUGUUUCUCAUUGUGUAAAUUUGGGUGAUCUGGAACACAGAACCUCUGAUGUGUUCAUGUUUUGCUCCAUCACAAGCAACUCUGUAUUAAUAUGAUGUUAGUCUAGCUGUUAUCUUGAGUCUCAUUUGUUGAUCUGACAUGUUGAGGAGACACCCAGCUAACAGAAUUUUGUUCUUCAAAUAUUCAGUGUUGGUUCUGGGAAAAUAAAAAUAAAUGUCCAGUUUUCUUGCGUUAGAUGCACAUUUUUAAAAGGUAUGAUGUUCAUGAUGGUGACCUCAAACAAAACAUUUUCAUUAAGACAUCAAAAUCUAAACCUCUGUUAAUCCUAAAUUCUGUAGACGUCUGACAGAAAUAAAGUCAAUCUGAUUAUUAAUACUGUAACUGGAGUUGGUGAUGCUGUUUGUGGGGUUGUUUAAUCAGAUCUUGAGAGAUUUAAUGUCUUUUACUCUUCAGUUCCUCUAAGC